AUGUUUUUUUCUGGGUUUCCAUUCGAUGGAAUGGAUUCUGGCGCCAUGCCUCCUCAUCGAAAGAAGAAAGCUGGAAAUAACGACAAAUUUUACAACAUAUUAGAAUUGUCAAAGGAUUGUACCACGGCUGACGUAAAGAAGGCAUACAAGAGAUUGGCAAUUAAGCACCACCCUGAUAAGGGCGGAGAUCCAGAAAAAUUCAAAGAAGUUUCACGAGCGUACGAAGUGUUAUCUGAUCCGGAAAAGCGGAAGGUUUAUGAUGAUUUUGGUGAGGAGGGAUUGGAUGGAUCCUUUGCCCCCUCUGAUGCCACUGACAUUUUUGAUCUAUUUUUUGGUGGAGGUGGGAGGAAACCCCGGGGUAAGAAGAAAGGUGAAGAUAUCGUAUCCCAAAUCAAAGUAACCCUGGAACAAAUCUACAAUGGUGCCAUGAAGAAGUUGGCAAUUAACAAGGAUACCAUUUGUGAAACUUGCCAAGGUCACGGUGGCCCUAAGGAUCUAUUUGAAACUUGCCGUGGUUGCAAUGGACAAGGUGUCAAAAUACAGAUUAGGCAAAUGGGCCCUAUGAUUCAGCAGACUCAGUCCGUUUGUCCUGAAUGUGGUGGCCAAGGACAGAUGAUUAGUGACACUAACAAAUGUAAAUCUUGCUAUGGAAGGGGGGUUAAGAAGGUUAAGAAAAUAUUGGAAGUCCCGAUUGAAAAAGGCGUUCCCAAUCAAUACAAAAUUACUUUCAAUGGGGAAGCUGAUCAGAGACCAAACGAAGUGCCAGGGGAUGUCAUAUUCAUCGUCGAACAACAGGAUCAUGAUCUGUUUAAAAGAUCUGGGAACGAUUUGUUAAUAACCCAUGAAAUAUCGCUCUACGAGGCUCUUACAGGGUUUGAAUUUACGCUAGAUCACCUUGAUGGCCGAAACCUACUCAUAAAGAACGAAGGAGAAGUGGUUUGUCCAGGAGAGAUUAAAGUACUCAAAGACGAGGGACUGCCUCAGUUUAAAACGCCGUUCUCGUAUGGGAAUUUGUACAUUACCCUGAAAGUCAAGUUCCCUGUGGGUCGGUCGUUCAACGAUGAUGAGAAAAAGGUUUUGCUCAAGCUCUUCCCCUACGACAAGAAAGAGAUCAGGGACACUGGAUCCCUCCAAACAUGUGUAGUUCAGGAUGCGGACAUGAGGGAACUAAAUGCUAGGAGCGAACGACACCGUGCAGAUCAUGACGAAGAACAUGAGGGUAACAAAGUACAAUGCAAACAGCAGUAG